AAUUGCCUUAAUUUUUUUUCAACAAUCUUUCAUCAUCAUUUUUCAAUUUCAAAAAAAAAAAAAUUAUAUAAAUUAUAAAUCAUGUCGUUGACUAAACUUGAACGUGAUAAACAAAAAUUAGUUCAGGAUAAAUGUCAACAAAUAUUAACAGAAUUGUUACGUGAUGAAGAUAAUAAAUAUUGUGUUGAUUGUGAUUCAAAAGGACCACGAUGGGCAUCAUGGAAUUUAGGCAUCUUUCUAUGUAUUCGUUGUGCUGGUAUACACCGAAAUCUAGGUGUACAUAUAUCAAAAGUAAAAUCGGUCAAUCUUGAUUCUUGGACACCCGAACAAGUUGGUUCCAUACAGAAUAUGGGCAACAGUAAAGCAAGAGCUGUUUAUGAAGCAAAUCUUCCGGAUAAUUUUCGCCGUCCACAAGCGGACACUGCCUUGGAAUCAUUUAUACGUGCAAAAUAUGAACAUAAAAAAUAUAUUGCUAAAGAAUGGGUGGAAACGCCACCAAAACCAGCGUUUGAUGUAGAAACUGAACUGAAAAAAGAAAAGGAAAAGAAAAAGAGUAAAAUUAUCAAACCCAUCGUACCAAUCAACGGUCAGACUGAAAUUCAAUCAAAUCCGAUUCCACGUCCUACACCGAAUUCAAAUGGUAAAGUGGAAAGUAAAGCAUCGAAUACACCACAGCAACAGAAAUCAGAAUCAAAUCAAACAGCGUCAUCAUCAUCUGCCGAUCUAUUAAAUUUGGAUUUAGGUUCAACCAAUAAUAACAACAAUGAAGUUUUCGGUUUUUUCGCUUCGGCACCCGAAACUAAACCAGCAACAACAAAAUCAAACGAAAAUGAUCAAUCGUUGAUUAGUCAAUCAAAGGUAACUAAAUCAUUAGAUGACGAGGAAAGAUUUUUUAAUCAAAAAACAACAACAAUGGGUGACAAUAAGGAAGAUGUGAAAAAACUGACAAAAGAAUCCAUAUUAUCUCUGUAUUCACAAACACCGACCAAUUUGUUAAAUGGAACAGCAUAUAGUGGCAAUAGCAAUACUUCAUCAUCAUCAUCAUCAAUGUCGAAUCCACAAUUUUCUAGUUUAAAUCCAUUAUUUAAUCCUGUUGCUGCUUCUAAUCAUCAUAAUCAGGCCAACUUGAUACCACAGCCCGCAUCGACAAAUCCAUUUUUGGCCAACAAUAAUCCAUUGGCAAUGAUGAAUAGUGGCGAAUAUUCACAACAGCAAUCAAUGAUUCAAGGACUUUCUUCGUUACACUUGAAACCAACGGCAACAACAACAACUGCGACCAAUCAAAUGAUGCCAUUGAUGAUGGGCGGCCAGCAAGCACAAAAUAUGAAUUGGUUUAAUAUUGGAAAUAAUAAUAAUAAUAAUAAUCCUAUUGGAUUGUUAUCAACAAAUUCGUCAACGUCAUCAUCAAUGGCGGCCAAUCCUUUUAUCGGUGAUCAAUCAUUAUCAUCGUUAAUGAUGAACAAGAAUUCAGUUUUAAUUCCUCAACAAUUGAAAUCGAAUGGCAAUACAACUAGUAACAGUGGUGUGGACCAAUUUGCCAUCGAUAAUAGCAAAAAGAAUGAUUUAAACAAUUUGAAUUUUUGGUGAUAAUUAAUUAAUUAAUUAAUUAAUUAACCAAUUAAUUCUGAUACUGAGAA